AUGGAGCCCCGAAAUAUGAGUUCUUCUGGCUUAAGAGCAAGCAGGUAUAAUAAUAAGACCAGCGGUAGAACAAACAAGGAAGCCCUGAAAGAAAGCCAGAAACGGGCUAAGAGGUUAAGAAAAUCAUCGUUAAGCAAAGCGCAGCGCAAUUUUGCCGUAUUCAAUAAGGAUAACAAGCAUUUGAACAAAUACGAAAAUCUGGAAUUGGAAAAGAUCGACCCAGACCAAGAUAAUAAUGGUGAGGAUGAACGAUUGAAGAAAAACCAAAUAGUGCUAAUACAGGACGACGGUUGCGAUACCCCACAACAACUGGACGUGGUUGAGAUUUCUGAUAGCGACAGCGAGGAUGGCGAAGCGCAGGAUCAGCAAGAGGCGUCAAGCGGGGGACCUGCUUUCAACGCCCUUGAUGACAACCGAGACUACAUUUCGCUGAGCAUGAGCUCCGACAGUGAAGACAGUGCUGGCAGUGGCGAAGAAGACGAGAGCGCGCAAUUAAGUGGCAAUUACGAUUAUGAUAACUACGACGACGAGUAUCCCAACCAGGACGAAAAGACAACGUCGAAGCGUACCUUCAACUCCGACUACCCUUGGAUUCUGAACCACGAUCAUUCGAAGCAGCGGGAAAUAGCAGACUGGCUCACUUUAGAGAUCAAAGAUUUUGUUGCAUACAUUUCCCCCAGUCAAGAAGAAAUCACUAUCAGAAACGCUACUAUCUCUAAAAUAAGAUCCGCUGUUAAAGCGCUGUGGCCAGACUCUGAUUUGCAUGUUUUUGGGUCUUUUGCUACAGACUUGUACCUGCCAGGUUCCGAUAUCGAUUGUGUUGUAAACAGUAGCGCGGGUGACAAGGAAAAUAGAAACUGCUUGUAUUCGCUGGCUAGCUUUCUAAAACGUCGCAAACUGGCUACGCAGGUGGAAGUUAUCGCGAAGGCUCGUGUUCCGAUCAUUAAAUUCGUGGAACCUGAGUCUCAGAUUCACAUUGAUGUAUCUUUCGAAAGAAUCAAUGGGCUAGAAGCGGCUAAGGUAAUCCGUGGUUGGCUAAACGAAACGGCUGGAUUGAGAGAACUCGUCCUUAUCGUUAAACAAUUCUUGUCCGCAAGGCGACUCAAUAACGUGCAUACCGGUGGCCUCGGAGGGUUUAGCAUCAUAUGCCUCGUGUACGCUUUCCUUCAACUGCAUCCACGAGUAUUAAGCGCGGACAUAAAUACGAAGGAAAAUCUUGGGAUCCUUUUGAUAGAUCUCUUUGAGCUUUAUGGCAAGAAUUUCGGAUAUGAUCAUGUGGCUGUAUCGGUACAAAGUGACGGAGCCUCUUACUUGUCAAAGGAUAAGUACCCCAGUUUACAGAAUCCAAGAACGUCAUUUUCUCUGGCAAUUCAGGAUCCUGGUGAUCCCGAUAACAAUAUAAGUCGUGGUUCCUUUAACAUCAGAGAUAUCAAAAAAGCAUUUGCAGGAGCAUUCGACCUGUUAACAAACAGAUGUUUCGAACUGGACACAGCUACGUUUAAGGAUAGAGUGGGCAAAAGCAUUCUCGGCAAUGUGAUAAAAUAUCGUGGAAAACAAAGAGAUUUCAAAGAUGAAAGAAGUCUAGUAAUUAACAAGGCAAUUGCUGAGAACGAGUUGUACCACCGAAAGCGCGGCAGGAUUGUUCAUAAUGAGGUUUACACAGAUGUUAGUGACGGAGAGAAAGAACAAGACAUAUAUGUAGUCGAGAAACCAGCAAAGAAGAAGCAGAAAAAGAGCAAACCAAGAGAUAAAGAACCGUCUAACGGUGAAAAAUCGAUCGGGUCUAGUAACGGGCUUAAACAUGCCAAAUCUAGCAGGCCCAAGAGCACCAAUUCUGGUAGCAAAAGUGUCGAACGAUUAAUGGGGCUGGACGCAACAGAUGAUGGGGAUGAUGACGGUUACGAUCCUUUGAAUGAAGUCCCCGCUACAAUGCUUGACGAUGAUUCAAAACCUGACAUAAGAAUGAAAUCUGUUGAUGCCCAGACGAGGCGAGACUACUGGCUCAGUAAAGGGCAGGCACUAUAA